ACCAAAUAUAAAUCGGGACCUGGAUCACAAGAGCUCGUCUCUUUCCCAAACCGCAUCUUCUUUGCAGGGCUUGACUUCGCAAACUUCCAGGUGCACCUGAUAUCUGCGAGUUCACAUUUUCUUCGGGUUCUUGACGACUUGACAUUCCCGCUCAUGAUCACGAUAUCGUAACGAACUCGACGUCCUAAUCUGCUGCCUCGUUCCCGCUUUCGGCGCGAGUCGUCACCAUCCAUCAUGGCGACUCAAGUAUCAUCGAACCCGACCCCGCAACAGGUGGCGCAACUCCUCCCCAAGCUCCACGAUGCGGAUCCUGAUUACAGAUUCAUGUCCUUGAAUGAUCUCUUCCAAAUACUCAGCGUUGGCAAGCACGACUUUCUCCACAGUGAUUAUAACACUGCUGCUAGAGCAGUAGAUGGGAUUUUGAAGACGUUGGACGAUCAAAAUGGCGAAGUUCAGAAUUUGGCUAUUAAGUGUCUUGGACCCUUGGUCACAAAGAUCCCCGCCAGUAUUCUACCUCCACUUCUCGAAAAGUUGUCAAAUCUCAAUACGGAGAACUCGGUCGAUAACUCUAUCCCUGCGAUGGCACUCCGAACCGUCGUUGCCACACUUCCUCGACCUGUCAGUGGUGUUUCUCCGGCAAAGGAAGUUGUGGAGGCAUAUGCUGCAAUUAGCAGAGUCCUGAUCCCGCGCCUUGUAGGCCGUCUGGUACUCAAUAAGGCUCAGAAGGGUGUGAAACUUCCGCCACCGCCACCAGGCAUGUUGGACCUAGAGUCUGGGAAGGAUAUUGAUCCCGAGGCUGUGGAUGUUUUGAUCGAGGUAGUCAGAUGCUUUGGUCCUAUGCUUCAUCAGAGCGAGGUUGAAGCUUUCCAAACCUUGCUUGCUGGGAUCCUUGAAACAGAUCGAGCAAGUUCUGUGGUCAAGAAGCGAGCUGUCGUAGCAGUUUCACUCUUGGCCAUGUACUUAACAGAUGAUGGACUAAGCAGUUUUGUUUCUCAACUGAUUGAGAGCUUGAGGAAUUCGCAUCUGACCCUUGUUCAAAGACGAUUGUACAUCACCAUCCUUGGCUCUAUGGCUCGAUCAAUUUCUGCAAGAUUUGGGCCAUAUCUGAAGACGCUAGCCCCAUUCGUUCUUGCAGCUUUAAGUCAAGAAGAACUCACGGAGCAGCUUGAAAAUUCUGCAGAGGAUGGUGAACCAGAUCCUGAGACUGACGACGUUCGAGAGGCAGCUCUUGUGGCAUUGGAUGGGUUUCUCUCUUCUUGUGGCAAUGAAAUGAGAAGUUAUACUGAGGAGACUAUUGGUGCCCUCCUACGCUUCCUUAAAUACGAUCCCAACUAUAAUGACGACGAUGACGAAGAGAUGGGUGGAACGCAGCCCGAGGAGGACGACAUGGACGAAUUCGGAGAUGACGAUGACUUCGAGGCCGAAGCUGGGUUUGACGACGACGAUGAUGAUGCUAGCUGGAAAGUCCGACGGUGUGCUGCAAAGGCACUUUAUACCCUCAUAUCUACACGGGCAAGUGGAGAUCUAUUGGAUGAUGGCACUCUCUACAUGCAAGUCGCUCCUGUCCUUGUCCAGAGAUUCAAUGAACGCGAGGAGAACGUGCGCUUAGAGGUCAUUUCAACUAUGGCAUUACUUGUUCGCAAGACUGGUGAAGGUGUGGUCCUCCCAUACUCUGACGAGAGUUCCGAGUACACGAACAAUCCACCUCAGAGCCGGAAGCGAAGAAGACAAAGCAGCACCACCGCCUUCGACAGGAAGAGCGUGCUUUCUAUGUCAGCUGGUCUAACUUCGCCACCCGCAGAGCCAGUUCCCGCCUCUGGCCCUAGAGCUGAUCUAGCACGAAUGAGUCCUAUUCUUAUUCGUUCGACAACAAAGCUCUUCAAAGGCAACUCGAUUCCCACGAAGCAGGCAUUAGUUAGAUUACUAGACGAUGUUGUGUCUGUUCAGCGUGGUGGUUUGGCAGACUACUUUGGCCAGAUUGUUGAUCCAAUCAUCGAUGCUGUCAAGACAACUGCAGGCUCGACUGGAUCUGCGACCACGAUGUCGAGCGGCGGAGCCACUUCGGCAACCGCUAGCACACUCCGCAUUGCAGCACUUCACCUAUUUGGUGACAUUGCUAAGACUCACUCAUCCAGCGUCCUCCAACCGUAUCUCGGAAAGAUUGUACCAGGUGUUGUGUCGGCUGUCACUGAUAGAUACCAUAAGAUCUCCAGCGAGGCUAUCGGCACAGUUGAACAACUUGUCAAGGCUCUUACACCUCCCCGGUCUAGAUCGAUGCACGAGAAGCAUCAAGCAGAUCUGCAAAUGCUCUACAAAGUCAUCGUUGGACGAGUAGCUGCAAAUGAUGCUGAUUUGGAAGUGCGCCAGCGGGCAAUCCAAGCUUUAGGUAUCCUGCUAGCUCGUACUGCAGGUCCAGAAGGCUCUGCUCUUGUCUCUGCUGCCGAUCGAACAGUGGCUCUUGACCUCUUGAGCGAGAGACUGAAGAAUGAGACAACUCGCAUUGCUGCAGUACAUGCCGUUGAUACCAUCGCGGAACUAACCACGGUCCAAGGGCAAUUACAGCCACAAUGGAUCCGAGAGGUCUCUCUCGAGCUUUCUGCACAACUUCGGAAGGCUAACCGAUCUCUGCGAGGUGCCAGUCUUGCGGCUUUAAAGAACUUGGUUAUUGUCCCAGCUAACAGAAAGGCUCUCGAUGCUGAGACCAUCAAAGGUCUUGUUAGUGCUCUACUACCCCUCCUUACCACUGUGGAUUUGCACCUUCUUGGUCCAGCUCUCUUGGUUCUUUCAGCACUGGUGGCGGACAACGCAAGACUUGUUGUUUCCGAUCAACUCAAUACUGCUCUUUGUGGCCUGUUGAAGACUUCUCUCAGCGGUGCGACCCUUGACGCAGUUUUAAUCUUGGUCGCAAACAUUGGCAAGGGUAAGGCAGGCCAAAAGCUCAUGUCUGGGCUUCUCAAUGAAGUCAACGUCAACGGCGAUCCAGCUGUUGUCGGUAAGGUCAUUGGUACCUUACUAGUUGAAGGAGGCCCUUCCAUUGGAGUUGAUGUGAACAGUUUUAUGGCAGAGGCAGUCAAUCCUGAUUCAGACGAUGCUAGAAGAUGUCUAGCUCUCGCUGUUCUCGGUGAAGCAGGUCUCCGCAUGGGUGCCAAUUCGCCAUUGAAGCCCUCCACAUUCACAUCACAGUUCGCAACUAGAUCAGAAAAGGUCCCUCUCGCUGCUGCAGUCGCGCUUGGACGAGCAGGUGCUGGCAAUGUUCAGCUAUACCUUCCCGACAUAUUGUCUACUAUGGACAAAGGUGGCAAUGCUCAAUACUUGCUAUUGCAUUCGAUUAAAGAGAUUCUUCAGCAAGCUAGCACGUCUUCUCUCGAUAUCUCCAAGUACACCAAGUCUAUCUGGGAUCGUUUGCUUAGUGCAUCUCAGACUGAGGAUAACAAGGCUGUAGGAGCAGAGUGCAUAGGUAGACUUGCAAUCAUCGACCCCAACACAUAUAUUCCGCAAUUACAGGCCUACCUCCAGAACAAGAAUGCCUCUAUCCGAGCCAUGGCCAUCCAGGCUACUCGCUAUACUCUGCCUGAGAGUGACGCGGCCUUCGACGGAGCAUUGAAGAACUCACUCAUCGACAUGCUCUUGGUCAUGCUCAAGGACCCAGAAUUGGAGAACCGACGUCUGGCUUUAACCACAUUGAACUCUGCUUCUCACAACAAGCCUGACUUGAUUAUUCCAAACCUGGGUGUUCUCUUGCCACUAGUAAUGAACGAGUCUGUUAUCAAUCCGAAGCUCAUUCGAGAGGUCAUCAUGGGUCCAUUCAAGCACAAGAUCGACGACGGUCUGGAAGUCCGAAAGAGCGCUUACGAAACCCUCUACUCCCUCAUGGAAACUGCCUUCUCCCGCAUGAACAUCCUCGACUUCUACAACCGCGUCGUCGCCGGCCUCUCCGACGAACACGACAUCCGCGCCCUCUGCAAUCUCAUGCUCACCAAACUCGUGAUCCUUGACCCCGAAGAGACCUCGCGCCGACUCGACACCAUCGCCGACUGUUUCCGCAAGAUUCUGUCCACGAAACUCAAGGAGAAUGCUGUCAAGCAGGAAGUCGAGAAGCAAGAAGAAGCCAGCAAGAACGUAUUGCGCGUCACACUGCUGUUGCAUAGUGCGAUUCCAGCGGCUAGUAGUGGGGUGGGUGCAAAUGCGGGACAGCAUCAGACUUGGAGAGUAUAUUGGGAGUGGGUUGAGAAGGAUUUCGAUGCGCAAAUUAGGAGUCUGAGGGAUGGUGAGAAGGAGGGUGGUCAUUGACUGCCUAACUUGCUUCACGUGGUAUGAAAGUUGGGAGGAAGGAAAAUGGUUACGAGAAGACGAUGAUUAUGACGAUGAAGAACGAAUAAAUAAGCGAAACUUGAUAAGCAGAUAAAUGCCUUUCACGCAGAUCUUUUGAUUUGGGAGGCUUGGUACUCCCGCAUAGCUUGCGUGUGCGGUUUGCGUUGGUUUGCGUUGCGUCUGAUAAACGGAAGAAAAAUAUCCAUCAUAAGACAUUACAUUACCUCCAAAGUGCUUGGCAUACUAAAAUGUGAUACUCUUAAGAUCAGGAUGAACGUUGAGGCCUCACAGCAACAAAUUCAAAGUGAAGGGGAAGCCUUGUUUCAUUACCACGAAUCUAUGUACCUAUCUCCU